GGGGGCGCGGGGGAAGUGUUUUGGUGAACCAUGCCGAUGCCACCCGCCCAGAUGCCCGGAGGCCACACGGCACGCCCGGCGGAGAACGUGCCGACACAGCUGCUGAGCGCGGAGGAGAACCAGCGCCUGUUCCGGCUGCUCGGCGACCGAUGCCAGACCCUGGCGACGGCCAUAGUGCAGCUGUACCGCACCAGCCCGCCCACGCACACGCUCUGGAUCCGACACGGCACCGGCGUCGUCUGCUUUGUGCGCGACAAUGCGCGCCGCGCCUACUUCCUGCAGCUGUUCGGGCCGGACGCGCGGCUGUGGGAGCAGGAGCUCUACCAGAACUUCCACUACCACCGGACCCGGAAGUUCUUCCACACAUUCGAGGCCGACUCGUGCCAGGCGGGGUUCAACUUCGCGGACGAGACAGAAGCCUACCGCUUCGGUCAGCGGAUGGAAGAGCACCUGCGCAACAAGCAGCUGAAGAAGGAACAGCGCUCCAGGUCGCGGCAGGUGUCUGAGAAUCGUCACUCGAACGGCAGCGUGCCGCGGGCGGCGACGCUGCCCACCCAGCGGCCGGUGGCCACGCGCCAGGUCGAGCGUCGCGGCAAGCCGAGAAAGGUCAAACUCAGCAAGCAGGACAUCUCGCUGCCGACCAACUUCCAGCACAUAUCGCACGUGGGCUGGGACCCGCAUAAGGGCUUCGACCUGGAGAACGUCGACCCCAACCUGAAGCAGUUCUUCAACCGGGCAGGUGUGUCGGACACCCAGCUGCAGGACCAGGACACGCGCCAGUUCAUCUACGACUUUAUCGACAAGCACGGCGGCGUGGAGGCGGCCAUCAAGGAGGUGCACCUGCUGGGCGGUGCGGGCCCGCCGCCACCAGUGCCGGCCCGGCAGCCGCCCGCGCACGGUCCGGCCGGCCGCGCCGCCGGCGCCGCCCGUCCGCUCCACCCGCCGUCUGGCGUUCCUGCUCCACCGCCACCACCGCCGCCGCCGGCGGCGUCGGGCAAACCGGGCUCCUCGCUGCCCAGCGCGUCUGGCGAUCGCAGUCAGCUGAUGGACUCGAUCCGCACUGGGAUCCAGCUACGGCCCGUGGCCGCCGCCGGCGACACGCAUAGUGGAGGUGGGAGCGGGCGCAGCGACCUCAUGCAGCAGAUCCGAGAGGGCGCCACGCUGCGCUCGGUCAGCGACGCGCCGCCGCCGCCGCCGGCCGCCGAGGCUGCCCCACCCGGCCUGGCCGGCGCGUUGGCCCGUGCCCUCGCCGACCGCAAGCGGGUCAUCCACUCCAGCGACGAGGACGAGGAUGAGGACGAGGACGAGGAGGACGAUGACGAGUGGGAGGACUAGGUGCUCUUGCGCAUACGCCGGGCGGCUUGCUGGAGAGGAGCUAAGCCUUUGCGAGGGCACGCUCACCCGGUUGUGCCCCGGUGAGGUGUGGCUUUUUCCGGUGAAGCAAGAACCCAGCAUUAUCCGAAGCCCGCUAGGGCGAACGUGCUUUCGAUAAGCGCCAGGUGUCCUGCGAGUGUGGUGUUGGCCUCCCGGCUGUUUUGCGCCGCACGUAAUCCAGUGGCGCCCCCGAUCCCGGCGUGGAGACGCUGCUGGAUCGCUUUAUGUUCAUCAGGUAUGCAUCGUUGCGUGUCAUAUAGGCUGACGCGUGUUUGUGCGCGCUUUGUGAGGCGCGCAACGCAUCAAACAAAAUUGCUGGGGGCCGAUGCCACCUGUGUGGCGAUUGCUUCGCUUCAAGUGAGUGCCGGAAUAUGCACAUUUUUGUAAUAACAUAGUGCCACGCGUUAAACGUCCGGCGGGAUGCACCUGUUGAGUUUAUAUCCCACGUCAAAUUAUACGUCGUAGCUGUGAUCGGCGGGGAGCUCGAUGAUCGGAAACGUGGUGUGCUAAAUAAUAUUUUAUUCGUGUUUGUAAUCUAAUCGUGGAAAUGCACGCGAAGGCUGGCAGACCUGCUGGAGGUGCAGUGAUGACUGGCAUCAACGUUCGGCCGUGGUGUGUCCCGAUUUUCAACUUUUGAAAGCAUUCAGUUCGUCACGGCCAUGCUGGGUAUGCCCGAAGUAAACAGGCGGCUGCGAUUCA